AUGCCCCAGAACUCAGAAGCUCAAGCGUUUUUAGCCAGGAUCGCUGCGUUGCCAGCCGGACCUGGCGUCUCUCUCGACGACGUCCUCAAACCCUCGAUCGAGGAUGAAGCCGAGCUUCGUCGCUACUUCGCCAGUGAUCGCGGUAACACGCGUCUUUCCGACCCCUAUGUCGGUCUCGUCGACGUCUUUGAUGCCCCCGCAGACAUCAGACAGACGAGGGCGCGCGUCGUCGUUGAUGAAGUCGACCUCAGCGCGAAGCACGUUAUGCCCUUGAAGGCUGCUGACCGACGACCGGAAGGCGCGCCUGCGAUGGUGUCCGAUAUCGAUGAAUUCAAGAAGAAUUGGACAGUUUUUACGGAGGGGUCGUUGUCCCAGUUGAAGGAUUGGAGCAAUGUGGUUGCUGCCGGUGGUUCGGUGCUGGCGUGCUUGACCCCGUUGUCGGACAAGAAUAAGGAGUCCAAGAGGGCUAUUCGAAAGCAUUACCAUAAUGCGGCCUAUCCCACGUCUGAUGUUGAUCUCUUUCUUUGGGGGUUGACCCCUGAACAGGCUGAGGUUAAGAUUAAUGCCAUUUAUGAGGCUGUUCGUGACUCUGUUCCUUGGGAUGUCACCUGUAUUCGAACCAAGCAUACCGUUUCUAUUCAUUCUCAAUACCCGUACCGUUCUGUUCAGAUUGUUUUAAGGCUCUAUCACUCCCCGGCUGAGGUACUUGCUGGAUUCGAUAUCGACGCACCUUGCUUUGCGUACGAUGGCUCCAAGGUCUGGGGAAACCCGCGUGCCAUCGUCGCCAUGAUGCGCCAAUGCAACACAGUCGAUAUGACCAGACGUUCACCUUCGUACGAGGUCCGACUCGCCAAGUACGCUAGCCGCGGUUAUGAAGUCUAUGUACCAGACCUCGUUCGCGAUAAGAUUGAUCCCACUAUCUAUGAGCGAUCCAUCGUGAAGAUGGAAGGCCUUGCCAGGCUGCUCGUCUUCGAGAAGCUCAAGGACGGUGACGCGCGUUAUUCGUUCUUGGAGUCUCGCCGACAGCUUCGCGGACGUCCGAAUCCACUCACCAGGUACCACCGCAACAAGCGCAAGUACAAAGGUGAUCUCAAGGGAGAGAAUGCCAUCGGAGGGCUAGAGAUGAACGACUAUGAUGUUGCUUCCCUCCAUAUCCCGUAUGGACCUGGCUGGGAUGCUCGUCGUAUUGAUAAGCUUGUCUACCAAACGGACCUCGGAAUGAACUCCACUUUCAACCCUAAGAACAAGGGCCGGCGUCUGCACAGGCACCCUGCCUUCUUCGGAACGAUGAAGGAGUGCCUAGAGGAUUGCUGCGAGAACUGCCCUGAACCCAUCGACGAUGAUGAGAAGGAACUCCAAGCGAAAGAAUCCGAAAUGUACAUUACUGGCCGCAUCAAAUUUAUUGAAGAAAACCCUGGGCGUCAGAGCAUGACUGGGAGCUUCAAUCCCAUUGAUGUCGGCGAGUGGAGCGAGCAGGUCUACGUGAGGCAGGCUGAGCAAUUCUUCGCCGCCAUCGCGGCGAACGACAUCGAGGCAGUCAAAACCCAUCUGAAGAGCGAAGGCAUCGACCUCAACAACCGCGACCAUGUCGGUCGAACGGCCCUUCACGUCGCUAUCAUCUCCGGCGCCACUCAGGCCGCGCUGGAGUUGGUCGAUGCGGGGGCACGGAUCUCUGCGCGUAUGGCCGACGGAAGGAAUGCUCUGCACCUUGCUGCCAGGUUCGACCAACUCGAUGUGGUGAAGAAACUGCUCGAACGCAAUGCUUUGAACAAGGAGCAGGUUGGGAAGGAAGACGACGACGAUACGAUGGACGAGGAUAAGAAGGAAGUGGAUCCCGUCCGACCCUCUUCCGAAGAUGACUGGAGCUCAGACGAAAACGACGGAAAGGACGUGGAGAUGGCCGAUGCGGACGAUGAAGAUGAAGAUGAAGAUGCAGAUGAUGAGGACGGCGAGGACGGUGAAGGCAGCGACGAUGGCUCUGACACGGGGGAGUCCAAACCUGAUGGGCCUCCUGCUUCAGCAGCUGGAGAUUUACCCGAGGACGAUGAAGACGAACCCGACGUGUUCGAAAUCGAUGUUACCGACUGGGACUUUGGUUUCAGCCCUCUUUCCUAUGCGAUCCUUUUCGCCUCCCCCGCGAUGAUCGAUCUUCUCGUGGAAGCUGGCGCCGACCUCAACCAGGCCACCACCGCCAACCAUCACGGCGCUGAACAGCUUCACCCUCUCACCUUGACCAUUCUUCGGGACGAUGAAGACGAAGCCUGUGCAAUCGCUGAACGGCUCCUCAAGCGGGGUGCCACCUCCUCCACGGCAGACAACAAUCUCUUCACUAUCUUCCAUAAGAUCGUUGCAGCUAAGAAAACGAAACUUGUCGCUACGAUCCUCAAGGGCGACAAAAAUUCCUCCUCCGUCAUCGACUUCCCUGCUGUCAGAUACAGCUCUGUGUUCUUCCCUAUCGUCACGGCUAUAUGGAAAAAGGACUACUCGACGCUGGCAGUGCUACUUGCCCAUGGCGCCAAAGUCACCCUGGAAGAAGAAGACGUUUCUCGUGCUCGGGAUGCUGCCGACCCCCGAAUCCGUGCCAAUCUUUUCUAUUACGGUGUGACCAACUACCUGGACAAUUGCCACAGUCCCUUGGAGACUGCCCUCGUUAACCACGACGAUAUCAUCCAACUCCUACUCUCUUGGGGUUCCAAUCCCAACCUGCCUAUCAAGGGCGCCGUCCGAAACUACGCGAGCGCAGGGGAUCGACUUACCCUUGGCGACUGGGUCGAGUUCGCCAUUCAACAUAUCAACACGCAGAUCGACGCUUUGGACACAGUGGUUGUCCCCAAGAACCCGGAGAAGCAAGAUUCAGUCUCGGCUGGAGGGGUUCAGAAGCUUAUUGAAGACGUUGGCGAAGCCCGUCGAUUUAUGCGCGCUGGGGAUCAGAGCAAGGAAAAGGGGCAGAAAGAGUACGAGCAGGCCCAGAAACUCCAGCUUCUCAACGGCACGAAGGACUACUUGCUCGACGUUCAGCGCCUGUUCCAGGCGCGCUCAGCCAAGACGUGGAAGGAAUUGUUCCCCGAUAUCGAAUGCCUCCCCUGGUCGGUUCCAGGUGCCCCGGGAGUUGCCGUUUUUGGGGAGACUCUGACCACUAAUGUGGUGAAGUACAGAUACAUCUCAAACAGUUGGCGCGCUUCCGCCGUUCCUUCACAUUUGAACGAUGCGUAUGAUGAGCUCUAUGAAGCCUGUUUCACUGGGGACAACGCUAAAAUCGAGGAACUUUGCGUUCCGCCAAAGGACGGUAACGUCGACCCAAAGAAACCGCUCCUCAACAUCAAUGUUCAAUUCAAGAGCGGAGAUGAAGAGAAUUACCAGAAAUCUGGUUUGACUCCACUGUGGGCGGCAUGUGAAGGCCGACGGUGGUCAACGGCUAAAUUAAUCGUGGCCAUCGCGGCGGCGCAGUAUACUCCUGAAGACAAAAAGGAGGAAAAGGUCCAUUUCUCGAUUUCCAGGGUCGCUUUGGAGGACGACGAUUCUGAUUACGACAGCGAUGACUCUGACGCACAUUCCGACUAUACAGUCCAAGGAGACGAGGUCAAGUUCGUCGACAUUGCCAAAGCAUCUGGUUCCGUCAAGAGCGACAUUCACCCGAAAUACAUGAUCUCCCAGGCCAUUGUCCACUUCUGGCAAAAGCCCGCGAAAAGAGGUGAAGAACGGAAAGUCAGCUCGUCUAAUCUCUUGGGUAAAGCUGCCCUCAUGAACGAUCGGGAGGCCUUCUGCAAGAUAGCCGACCUGUAUCACAGUCUUUCCGAGCCCGUCGACCUCGAAUAUGGCAAGAUUCUCGAAAAGAUUCUCGCCGCUGAUGAUCCAGACAUCCUUCACGAGUACAUCCGCCGAACUGGACACGGACUUGACUUUGAGCAGGCAAAGAAAGCGACGGAACAUCUCCCGCAGAUCAUCAAUGACUCUAAUCGAGUUUAUCUCGGCCUCAACGUCCACGGAAAGAAACGUGCCGACCUUGCGAGAAAAAACGACCCCAAUGCGGUUGGGAACGAUAGCGAGAGUCCUCCGCUGGUGUGGCUAGCUGCCAAACAUGGAGCAGUGAAGAUCAUCGAGUACCUUGCAGGAGAACGCCCCCUUGCUGCCUUCCGACACCACGCCACUGCCGGUAACACUCCGCGAGCAGAGCAGCUGCGUCGAGUUCCUGAUCUGGAAAAGGCGUUGCCAUCUUGGUUGGGCUGGGUCAUCGACCAUGUCGGGGAGUCGCCUUUGACAGCGGCAAUUAUGGGCAACUCGAUAGAGGCGGUCAAGACCCUCUUCGCAAAGAAGCCUCAAUUCAUGAAAACAACGCUACACGAGAAGCUGAACUUCAUUGGCUACAACGCCAUCAUGCUGGCUAUCUCUAGAGGGUGCAAGACCGAGAUUCUGGACUUCUUGUUGGCGAAAUCGAUUUCCCCGGUCGAACGAGACUUGCCCAGAGGUUGGAAUGUUUUCCACUUCGCCGCUUUGAAGGGUAAUCGUCCCGAAAUUCUUGAAUAUCUUAUCAAGAAGCUCCCUCGAGAUGUCAGCGAGGUCUUGAUCAAUCAGCGAUCCAAGACCCGUCUUAACACUCCACUCCACGUUGCUGCCAAAAUGGGCCACUACAAGGCACUCGACAUCUUAUUGAACUUUGACGACAACCUUGCUUUGGUGCGCAACGUCGAUGGUCAAACUGCUCUCCACAUCGCUGUUGAAACGGGUCGAGCCAAGUCAACCGAGCGUUUGCUGAAGGCAACUCAGUACGGCGGUCUGUUCAUGGAGAACGGUAUUGGCCACACCCCAUAUGAGACCCUCUACCUCAAGCACUUGGCGAGUAGCCUUCAAACCCAACGCAAUCAGACCAGCUUUAGCAUUUCUACUGUUUCCGUGCGAAGGGCGUCACCCGGCCCUCAGCGAGUCGAUAUCGACUCCUUGGAGAAGGAAAUCCCUCGCCUUAAGGAGACCGUAGCUAGCAUUAUCGCAGAAGACCGGCCAGCCAAUUCCCAGAAAUUCGCCUUCGAUUUCGAAGUGUUUAUCAAGACGCUCGAGAGCCUGCUGGCUUCAGCCAAAGAAGCGAAGGCGAAGUUGCCCCCAGCGCCAGCAGCCAAAGAAAAGGAAGCAGUUUUCAGUGAAGACUUGGACAUUUCCAAAACUUGGCAAGUGGUUCAGCAAACGGUCAUCUCGAUUCCUAAGCAGCAGCGGGAUUUGAUCAAGCUGUUCGAUGUUCAACAAUCUGUGAAGGCCAACCUUGACAAGGUCGCACCGGCUGGUCGCAAGAAGGAUGCGUAUUCUGAUGACGAAGAUGAAGGAGCAGAGUCGAAGACUGGGCAUACCCUGCUGGAGUUGACCACCUAUGAUACGGGCCCCGACUUUGUUUGA